AUGAUAGGUAAUAAGCCGUGUGUCAUCCCUACACAGGUUGGGAGGAUGGGCGAGAAGAAAGAGAUCGAAGAGGCGAAUGGUCUCAUUCCAAAACUCAUUAAAAGGCUUAUUAAAGAAUUUGAGGACAUCAUGCCGGACGAAUUACCAAAGAAAUUGCCACCAAGGAGGACGAUUGAUUAUGAGAUUGAACUUAUUCCAGGCGCCAAACCUCCUGCUAGGGCACCAUACCGUAUGUCUCAGCCUGAGCUUGAAGAGUUUAGGAAGCAAUUGGGAGAAAUGUUGGAGAGUGGAAUCAUUGUGCUGGUGAAGUCGCCAUAUGGAACUCCUGCAUUGUUUUAG